AUGGAGUAGCAUAAACUGCAAGGUUUUGCUUAUAGGUUAACAGUCAUGUCUUCAGGGCCUACUAUUGUCGAUAACCCGAACUUUGAUGCGGUGGAAUCGGCGCAUGCUUUGUUUAAAGCGGUCGACGGUAUAGGUACAAAUGAAAACGUCAUAAUAGAUAUUAUUACAUCAUGCAGCAACAAGCAAAGGCAAGAAAUAAAGAAACAAUUUCAAAAAAUUUACAGAAAAGACCUGGUUAAAGAAUUCAAGUCGGAAAUUCUGAUUCGGUUUUCUUUCGAUUUCAAACAACUGUUGGAGUCUAUGUUCAUGACGCCUUUAGAACUUGACACACAUUUGCUUAAACAUACAACUAAGGGGCUUGGGACAGAUGAAAAGGCACUUGUUGAAAUCCUCCUGACCAGAUCUGCUGAAGAAAUGAUCCAGAUCAAAGAUGAAUACGUGAAGAGGUUUAGGAUUUCACUUGAAGAUGAUGUAGCUGAUGAUACCAGUGGAGACUUCAGGAAGUUUGUCUUCCCUCUGUGCAGGGCAAAAAGGAAGGGUGUAGCACUUGUCAAUCUUUCCAAGGCUCGUGACGUUGCCGCAGAAAUAAAUGACACCUUCACACAAUACCGUGGCACUGAUACUCCACGGUUUGACUUCAUUGGUUUCUGCUGCUGUGAAAACUUCAAACAAAUUAAAGCCACUGUUGAGGAAUAUGAAAAGCUAACAGAUGAAGUGAUGACCGACUUUAUUGAUAAUGAAUUUCAUGGCGACGCAGCUUAUGCGCUCAAGAGUGCCAUCAAGUGCUCAAACUCCAUGCCAGGAUUUUUUGCUGAGCGAUUGUACAAGUCAAUGGAAGGGAUUGCAACUAACGAUGAAGCUUUGAUCAGAAUAUUAGUCUGCAGAUGUGAGAUUGACUUGGAAGACAUAAAGAGAGAGUUUGAAAGUCGGUAUCGAAAAACUUUGGAGUCAAAAAUUAAAAGUCACACAAGUCGACAGUUCAAACAACUAUUGCUGGCAAUUUUGCGGGGUAAUGUCACAAAGGAGGCAAUGUGAUGUCAUACAAGCUAUUGUUGUUGAACAAAGAGAACUGUGACUGAAGAAUCAACCAUGAUAUGAAAUCUUCAAACUAAGUUGAAGAAAUUUAUGAUAGUGGUUGGAUCUAUUUAAUGUUUAUAUACGAAAAAACAUUUAAAACUAUACAAAGUUGCAUUAGCUCUGUAAAAUAAGCUGAAACAAUUCAUAUGCUUAAAGCACCAAUAGUCCAAUACAUUAUUAACCCAUGAUAAAAAAUGAUGAAUGUAUUUUUUAUCAAGGAAUAAAAAAAGGUAAACAAGUG